GUCGGAGACAUCGAUCGUUAUCAGCCAACCAAAGAAACCUUCCUGUCCGUACAGCUCCCAGCAUGCCCCGCCUCACUCCUCGCUCUUCUAUGCAACGUGCUCCGCUUCCCUCCCUCUCCCUCGGAUCGCCCUUUUGACUCUCUUUCUCUCUCUCUCUCUCUCUCCCCCAUUUUCUUUCUUUCAUUUUUUCUGAAUUCUGGGUUUUGCUGAACUCUAUCUUCUUUUGAAGCUUUUGUGCACUAUGGACGACGAAGACGGCACGAGAGUUAUCGAAGACGAUGACAUGGAGGCCUUGGCUGGCCUAAGCGCCGUACCUCCGCCCCGAAAGAAUCAGUCUUACAGCCAACAACUCCGUGGCACAUCGUCGCAUAAACGCCACUCCCAACUGCGCAAGCACAGCCUCGACGAUGUCCAAGUGGUUGGCCUUAAAUCAGAACACCCCUUCUACGACUCUUCCGACGAGGACUUCUUCCCUUACUCCUCCACCACCACCACCCCCACCACCCCCACAACCCCCACAAUCACCACUGCUUCUUUCGCUGGCGGUGGUGACAGGCUCUCCAUGGAGGGUGCUGCUCCCGACGACUUCCGCCAAUCCCAGCCAUUGCCGGAGUUCAUCGGCAGCGGCGGCGCCAGCGGAAUCUUCAAGGUUCCUACUCGGGCGCCGGUCCAUCCCGGUCGCCCGCCUUGCCUCGAGCUUAGGCCUCACCCGCUGAGGGAGACCCAGGUGGGAAAGUUCUUAAGAAACAUUGCGUGCACGGAGACCCAGUUGUGGGCCGGCCAAGAGUGUGGCGUGAGGAUGUGGGACUUCGAGAACGCGUAUGAACCUGGCUGCGGGCUCGGUGGGUUCGGCGGGCGGGUGAGGAGGGGUGACGAGGACGCGGCGCCGUUUCAUGAGUCGGUGAACACGUCGCCUACCAUGUGUUUGUUGGUUGAUUGUGCGAAUAGGUUGAUUUGGAGUGGGCAUAAGGAUGGGAAGAUUAGAUCCUGGAAAAUGGACCAGCCUUUGGAUGAUACGCCUUUCAAAGAAGGUCUUUCCUGGCAGGCGCAUCGUGGUCCUGUUCUUUCUAUGGUUUUGACAUCUCAGGGUGAUCUAUGGUCAGGGGCUGAAGGUGGUGUUAUUAAAAUCUGGCCAUGGGAAUCCAUUGAAAAAUCUCUUUCUCUAAAACCAGAGGAAAAACACAUGGCAGCUUUACUGGUGGAGAGGACAUAUAUUGACCUAAGAAGCCAAGUCACUGUUAAUGGUGUCUGUAGUAUAUCUUCUCAAGAAGUAAAGUAUUUGUUAUCUGAUAAUAUUAGAGCUAAAGUUUGGUCUGCUGGGCCCCUAUCCUUCUCAAUUUGGGAUGCUCGUACAAGGGAGCUUCUGAAAGUAUUCAAUGUAGAUGGUCAGAUGGAGAAUAGAGUUGAGAUGUCAUUGCCGCCGCAAGAUCAAGCAGUAGAAGAUGAGAUGAAAGUAAAAUUUGUUUCUACAUCAAAAAAGGAGAAAUCCCAGGGUACUAGCUUUUUGCAACGGUCACGUAAUGCCAUAAUGGGAGCUGCAGAUGCUGUUCGUCGAGUUGCAACUAAGGGGGCAGGGGCAUUUGUAGAAGAUGCCAAGAAAACAGAAGCACUAGUGCUAACAGUUGAUGGAAUGAUUUGGAGUGGAUGUACAAGUGGCUUACUUGUGCAGUGGGAUGGGAACGGAAAUCGACUGCAUGAAGUUUUUCACCAUCCUUGUUCUGUCCAAUGCUUUUGCACUUCUGGGACACGAAUUUAUGUAGGCUAUGUGAGUGGUGUUGUCCAAGUGUUGGAUCUCGAGGGAAAUAUGAUUGCAGGAUGGGUUGCUCAUAACAGUCCUGUGAUAAAAUUGGCAGUUGGGGCUGGCAAUGUUUUUAGCUUAGCUACUCAUGGUGGUAUACGUGGAUGGAACUUCACCUCUCCAGGGCCUCUUGACAACAUAAUACGGUCUGAAUUGGCAGGAAAAGAACUGACAUAUACAAAACGGAACAAUGUCAGAAUCGUAGUUGGCACAUGGAAUGUUGGUCAAGGAAGAGCCUCUCACGAUUCCCUUAUGUCAUGGUUGGGUUCUGUUGUAUCAGAUGUUGGCAUUGUUGUUGUUGGGUUGCAAGAAGUAGAGAUGGGCGCUGGUUUUCUUGCAAUGUCUGCAGCAAAAGAGACUGUAGGACUUGAAGGGAGUUCUGUCGGGCACUGGUGGUUGGACACAAUAGGAAAGGCCUUAGAUGAAGGGAGUACUUUUGAGCGUAUGGGUUCUAGGCAGCUCGCAGGCUUGCUUAUAUCUCUUUGGGUGAAAAAGAAUCUUAGACCAUAUCUUGGGGACAUUGACGUUGCAGCAGUUCCAUGUGGCCUUGGUCGUGCAAUUGGUAAUAAGGGAGGUGUAGGUUUGAGAAUCAGAGUAUAUGAUCGGAUAAUGUGCUUUGUAAACUGUCACUUGGCUGCACAUCUGGAAGCUGUCAAUCGCCGCAAUGCUGAUUUUGAUCACAUAUAUCGAAAUAUGGUCUUCAGCCGGUCAUCUAGUCUACUCAAUGCAGCUGCUGGUGUCUCAACUUCUGCUCAUAUGCUUCGCGGUGCAAAUGCUGGGGGUGGCAACUCUGAAGAACCAAGGCCUGAGUUAUCUCAAGCAGAUAUGGUUGUAUUUCUUGGUGACUUUAAUUACCGGCUUUUUGGUAUAUCUUAUGAUGAGGCAAGGGACUUUGUUUCGCAAAGAUGCUUUGAUUGGCUCAGAGAAAAGGAUCAGCUCAGAGCAGAGAUGAAAGCUGGAAAAGUUUUCCAAGGAAUGCGAGAGGCAAUCAUAAGAUUCCCUCCAACAUACAAGUUUGAAAAGCACCAAGCAGGUUUAGCAGGAUAUGAUUCUGGUGAGAAGAAGCGCAUUCCUGCCUGGUGUGACCGAAUAAUAUAUCGUGACAAUCGGUCAGCUUCGGUGUCUGACUGCAGUUUAGAGUGCCCUGUGGUCUCAUCAAUUUUACAGUAUGAGGCAUGCAUGGAUGUGACUGAUAGCGAUCACAAACCUGUCCGGUGUAAAUUCAAUGUGAGAAUUGCUCAUGGGGAUAAAUCUGUUAGAAGACAGGAGUUUGGGAAAAUUUUCAGAUCUAAUGAAAAAAUUAGGCCUAUUCUUGAAAAAUUAAGUUAUGUUCCAGAAACCAUUGUGAGCACCAACAAUAUAGUCCUUCAACACCAGGACUCAUCCAUCCUGCGAAUCACCAACAAAUGUGCGAAGGACACGGCUAUAUAUAAAAUCAUUUGUGAAGGCCAGUUGACUGUCAAGGAGGAUGGACAAACACCGGAGCAUCGCCCAAGAGGUGGCUUUGGCUUUCCCCGAUGGCUUGAGGUUGUGCCAGCAGCUGGCAUAAUUAAUCCUGAAGAAUGCGCGGAGGUCUCAGUGAGUCACAAAGACUUUCAUAACCUAGAAGAGUUUGUUGAUGGCAUCCCACAAAACUGGUGGAGUGAAGACACCCGGGACAAGGAGGUGAUAUUGGCCGUAACUGUGGGUGGCAGUUGCUCAAUCCAAACAUAUAGUCACCGAAUCCGUGUCCAUCACUGCUACUCCGGCAAGACAAUGCGCAUUGACUCAAAAACCAACAGUUCUAGGAAGAAUCAAGAAGGUUCAGUCCAACGGUCUGAAUUCCGGCAACAAAGCACUUCCCAUGUCACAGUUGAUGACUUCCAAAAUUUGAAAAUCCAUGAAGCUAGAAACAAAGACUAACAGUAUGUGGCAGAUGUAGAUGCAUUAUCAGGGGGAGAAGUGCUUUGACUAGAAAUGUUGGUGUAAAUACUUUGUGAAGCCUGGUUCCCAGUACAAUCAUCUUAGGACAGGUUCAAUUUGUUUAUAAUAAUACGUUAUAUUAUCAGUGUAUCAGUUCUUACACUUCCAAUUAUUUAACUUCAUGCUUUUAAGUCGAAGCGCAUUGUAAUUUUGGACAAAUGAUUCUUUCAAAACUGUAAGAAGCAGCGAAGUUGAGCUGCCUAGUUUCUUCUGAGUA